CCGCUCACAGAGGUUGCAGCCAUUGCACUGAAGAGCAUCCCACAUUCAACAGGAGGAACCCGCGGGAGAGCAGCCCCGGCCCCCUUUAAAACCGCAGCCUGUGCGCUCCGCGGCCCCUCGCGCGCCAUGGCCAAGGAAGGCGUAGAGAAGGCGGAGGAGACCGAACAGAUGAUCGAGAAGGAGACCAGCAAGGAGCCUGCUGAGGGCGGCGACGGCUCCCACCGUCUCGGGGAUGCCCAGGAGAUGCGCGCUGUGGUGCUGGCCGGCUUCGGCGGGCUCAACAAGCUGAGGCUCUCCAGAAAGGCCAUGCCUGAGCCACAGGACGGCGAGCUCAAGAUCCGCGUCAAAGCCUGUGGCUUGAACUUCAUUGACCUGAUGGUGCGACAGGGAAACAUUGACAACCCUCCCAAGACACCCUUGGUGCCAGGAUUCGAAUGUUCUGGGAUUGUUGAAGCUCUGGGGGACAGUGUAAAAGGAUACGAGAUUGGAGACCGUGUCAUGGCAUUUGUCAACUACAAUGCCUGGGCUGAGGUGGUCUGCACUCCUGUGGAGUUUGUCUACAAGAUCCCAGAUGACAUGAGUUUCUCUGAGGCUGCUGCCUUCCCCAUGAACUUUGUCACCGCGUACACGAUGCUCUUUGAGAUUGCCAACCUCCGCGAAGGGAUGUCCGUGCUCGUGCACUCAGCUGGUGGGGGAGUGGGUCAAGCUGUGGCUCAGCUGUGUUCUACCAUCCCCAAUGUGACAGUCUUUGGAACAGCCUCUACUUUCAAGCAUGAAGCCAUCAAAGAUUCUGUGACCCACCUCUUUGACAGAAAUGCUGACUAUGUGCAAGAAGUUAAGAGGAUCUCAGCUGAAGGUGUGGACAUCGUUUUGGAUUGCCUGUGUGGGGACAAUACUGGCAAGGGGCUCAGUCUCCUCAAGCCUCUGGGGACCUACAUUUUAUAUGGUUCAUCCAACAUGGUAACUGGAGAGACCAAGAGUUUCUUUAGUUUUGCAAAGUCAUGGUGGCAAGUGGAGAAAGUGAACCCCAUCAAGCUGUAUGAAGAAAACAAAGUCAUCGCAGGAUUCUCCCUUCUCAACCUGCUCUUCAAACAGGGCCGCUCAGGCCUCAUCCGUGGGGUCGUAGAGAAGCUCAUAGUGCUGUACAACCAGAAGAAGAUCAAGCCAGUGGUGGAUUCUUUAUGGGCCCUGGAGGAGGUAAAGGAGGCCAUGCAGCGCAUCCACGACCGAGGGAACAUCGGGAAGUUAAUUCUGGAUGUGGAAAAGACCCCGACCCCGCUGAUGGCCAAUGACAGCACAGAGACCAGCGAGGCAGGGGAGGAAGAAGAGGACCAUGAAGGUGACAGUGAGAACAAAGAGAGGAUGCCCUUCAUCCAGUAAGCCAGACCUCGAGUCCACAAAGGUGGAGGAUGGCUGGGAAGAAGAUGGCCACCAGGAGAAAUCUUCUGUGCCCCAGUGAACAAAUGCUGUAGUCCAGUGUGUGUCGUGUUUGUCCGCAGUCAGCCAAGCUAAGAAGCUGUUGAUCACUGUUGUGUUUGGAAUUAAGUGCCAAUCCCAUUCCAUGCAGUAUUGUGUCCCUUCCUGGUCUGUAUAUCAUGCUCUCCCCUCUCCCUUGAAGCAAACCCAUCCUUCUUCAGGUCCUUCUUGACGGUUCUAGAAUAGCCUUGCAAACUAAUACUAGCUCACGGGGCCCAAAGUCAGAAACCAGGCCACGCUUGAUUGAAAGUAUUGUCACGGAGCCCUGUUCAGAUCGCCACUCUUCUUCGGGCCAAUGACACUCUGCCUGCCAGCAAUCAGCCAUGUGUCCAAGCAUGGCAAUUAUCAGUUUGGCUAGUGACAAGAGAGUAGGCCAAGGAGUAUUCACGAUCCCAUACAUACAGAAUUCUCCAAGCAGUUGCUUUGUCACUGUCCCUCUUAAAUGCUACGUCCCUGCAUGCGUCUCUGCACCCUAAGGUCUGAGCCACUCUUUAACCCUCUUCCCUGGUUCUUACUUAUUAACCCAGGGAGGCAGAUGUGGGUUCUUUUCUGGAUAGAGAUGCGUCAGCAACAUCUAUCUGAGGACCAGCUACAGAGACCUGUCCUCUGAAACCAUAUCUCAUGAACAAAGUCCUCCAUGUGCCCGCACAUGGUUUAUUGAAAUCCUAAGAACACUUGCCAAAGGUAGGUCUAACUCAAAUGUCAUUAAACUCACCUGGGUUCUCACUCUCAGCCUUUGUAAUUACCAACUGCUAUUUUUAAGUUCCUGCCCAGGAAACACCUUUCCUAAGGAAGACCUCUCUUGAAGACGAUUAUAUGGGGUUGAAAAGUCAAUUGGUUUCCCUUGCCUAUUCAAAGCCCUUUCUAAUGUGUAACACACACGAGGGAUACAGGUGGUGGCUGCCCAGCAUCUAAUGCCAAGUGCAUGGUCCUCCUGUUCAACACACAAAACCAUGGUGCUGAUUUGCAGGUUCCUUAGAAAUUGGGGGCCGAACUGCUUGAUCAAAUAUCCUGUUCAAUUUUCCAGCUUGAAAGAAACAUUCUCAUCCUUUCUAAUAGGCUUUGAAGUGACACCAGUUACCAUAGAGGAAGAGAAGUCUCCCUUCCUCCAAAGUGCGGCUCCUCCUUCCCCAGCCCUUCUGUUCUAAGAGGUCACAUGUCCAUCACUCACAAACUGAGCUAGAUAUAAAAGGCACCCAUGCAAUGAGCGCCCUGAACUUACUUUGUCUUCUGGAAGACCUAAGUGGGAUCCCAUGACUGGGUUGGUGUUCCAAGCUUCUAAACAUCCUUGAAGACUUAAGAAGGCACCAGUGUUGCCCAUUUUUUCCACUUAAUGCUUCAGGGUAGGCACCAUUUUCCCGUGUGGGCUGGGAAGGAGCAAGUCUCCACAAUUCCCCACUUGGUUUGCAAAGUCUCUGUAGCCACUCUCCUGUCAUUUGUCAUGUUCCUUUAUCCUCAUCCUGAUUUUGUGACAAUGACUUCUUCAUGCCAAAUAUUUACCUGAAGGGAGUCUUUCCUCACUGUGACUGGGAAAGUCAAAUAUGAAGAUGAGAAAAGGAGCUGCCAGCCAAUAGGCCAAGGGGCGAGAAUAUGUAAAAGAGUGCCAAUCACAGAUUCUUAUUUUCUACCCCUGGGGAGAGAUGCUAUCAAGAAUACCACAUAAUCAGUUGCAUUUCCACCAUAACCAUGCUUAAGGGUGGGUAGACCUGAGAACCACUCUCUGAGUGCUAUUACUAGUAUGUAUAAAUAGCCUUUUGAAAAGGCUAAGACUCGAGUCAGGAAGGUUCGCCUUCAGGCAACACAGAACCUGACCCACGUUCAUCUCUCCCCAAACCUGUUUUCAUUUGUUUCAUUUUGAAAACCAUCGAUCACGCAUGUAAAACCUCUCCUUCUCCUGAGAACAUAGAAAGAGAACGUUUGACUGUGAGCAGCGUCACCAUGAAGAACAGGAGGGUGGGUGGGUGAGGGACAACUGGAGGCGGUCAGUUAUCCCGUGGACCUUCCUUCCCCUCUCAUGAUUAUUUCCUGGAGGCAGUGUAAAGAGUGUAUAUGUUUGCCUUAAGGGAGCUGUGAAGGCUUCUUGGAAGGUUGAGCUUUACUAGAACGAACCGAACAUCAUCUAAUAUGUCUGUGGCUUCAGAGCUUUCGUUAUAUUGUUAUAUUGUGCCUAUAAAGCAAAUUAUGUUUACAUAAAAAUAUAAAUAAAGUAUUCAGCAUAGCA